GAGCCUCACCUGCCUCACCUGACUCACCUGACUCACCUGACCGCCGCUCUGAAACCCAAUGCCGGGACACAAAGGCACCGGGCAAUAAGCGGUACAAGUCGUCAGAGAGUCGUUUAGGGUCUAUACUGUAUAUGCCGUCAUGGAACCGGAGUACCGGGGUCUGGGUCGGUGCGUGUGCUGCUUCUGGCUCGCGGUAGCCUUUGACGUGUUCGGUCUGCUCGUGCUGCUCCUCGGGGUGUUCGUCAACGUGUUCUUCUACGACCUGCUGAUCUACGCGGGAGCCAUCGUGAUCUUCCUCAGCCUCAUCUGGUGGGUGUUCUGGUACUCCGGGAACAUCGAGGUGCCUCCGGCGGAGCUGGAGGAUGAUGUGGGCUUACUGAAGAAGGACCAGGGCGGCGCUCUGAGCGGCAUCAGCGGCGCGGUGCGGCGUCUCUCCAGCCGCCUCUCCAGCGGCAUCAGGACGUCGCUCCGCAGGAACAACGGAGCGGCACCGUCCGGUACCCGCACGGGCCGCACGCAGAGGUCAACCGGAGGGCCAACGGCGGCCCCGCGGGCGGAGCAUUUGGAGGUUGCCAUGGCAACGAUUACCCCACAGGAGGAUACCCCGCACUAUGCUGUCUCAUCAGUGGAGGGCUGUGACGUCGAGAUGCCGCACACAGCUACAGAGACUUCACCUACAUAGUGGAGGCCGACAGAUAGCAGAGAGCCUGCCCUACGCUGUCUGCAGCUGUCUCCAGUUGAUGCUCAACUUUUUUUUACUAUUUGUGUGUUUAAUGUGAAAUUAUUAUUGAUUGAUGAUGAUAUCUGGAAAAUGUGUUGUUGAGUCUUUAUUACGUACUUUAUUAAAAUGUAUAUAUUUUCCUAAUAAAUGUUAUGUUUGUAAUCAG